AGAUGCCGCUCCUUCCCAACGGGAGCCGGCCGCGGGUUUGUGGCCGACAGAUGGCGCCUGCGCGUUCCAUUCGCCUCCAAGUCGCCGAAGAGCGAACACUCCAAACAAUCCCGAAGCGCUACCAAAAAAAAAAAAAAAAAAAAAAAGAAAGAAAAAAAAAAAAGAAAAAAGAAAAAAAAAACCCGCCGGAUCCGACCGCCACUUUCAAAACCCCCCCACCGUUCUAGAACCGCGGGAGCUUCCGUCACAGAGUAGAAUUCGAGGGUGUUAAGAAGAGGAAGGGGAAAAAUAAUCUGGUACCAGCCCAGGGGUGAAGAAGCCCCCGGCCUGAGAAAGCAGGAAGGAGGAGUGAGGGAGGCGGACAGUCUCGUUGCUGCCUCUGUACGCUGAGGGGGGAGAGAGGGAACAACAUUCAUGUGACGGGCCCCUCGGCUUCUCCCCCGCCCCAUCAUCUCCAGCGCGUGGUGGGGAAACUGCUCUGGAAAGCAAUUGGCAUCGAUCUCGCCAUCCCUUCCGAGGCCCGACUUCGGAAUUGCCUUAUAAGAAGAAAGAAGUUAACCACCUUUAAAACACGUAAAUAUAUGAAUAUAUUUCUGACACUGGGGCGUUCCAGAAGAUGAUAAAGAAAUGAUAGCAGCUCCAGAAAUACCAACUGAUUUUAAUCUACUACAGGAGUCAGAAACACAUUUUUCUUCUGACACAGAUUUUGAAGACAUCGAAGGAAAAAACCAAAAGCAAGGCAAAGGGAAAACUUGUAAAAAAGGCAAAAAAGGCCCAGGAGAAAAGGGUAAAAGUGGAAAUGGAGGAGGAAAACCUCCUUCUGGUCCAAACCGAAUGAAUGGUCAUCACCAACAGAAUGGAGUGGAAAACAUGAUGUUGUUUGAAGUUGUUAAAAUGGGCAAGAGUGCUAUGCAGUCGGUGGUAGAUGAUUGGAUAGAGUCAUACAAGCAUGACCGAGAUAUAGCACUUCUUGACCUCAUCAACUUUUUUAUUCAGUGUUCAGGAUGCAAAGGAGUUGUCACAGCAGAAAUGUUUAGACACAUGCAGAACUCUGAAAUAAUUCGAAAAAUGACUGAAGAGUUUGAUGAGGACAGUGGAGAUUAUCCAUUAACCAUGGCUGGUCCUCAGUGGAAGAAGUUCAAAUCCAGUUUUUGUGAAUUCAUUGGUGUAUUAGUACGGCAGUGUCAAUAUAGCAUCAUAUAUGAUGAGUACAUGAUGGAUACAGUCAUUUCACUUCUUACAGGACUGUCUGACUCACAAGUCAGAGCAUUCCGGCAUACAAGCACCUUGGCAGCUAUGAAGUUGAUGACAGCUUUGGUGAAUGUGGCAUUAAAUCUUAGCAUCAAUAUGGAUAACACACAAAGACAAUAUGAAGCAGAAAGAAAUAAAAUGAUUGGAAAACGAGCCAAUGAGAGGCUAGAACUUCUCCUGCAGAAACGGAAAGAGCUUCAAGAAAACCAAGACGAAAUAGAAAAUAUGAUGAAUGCAAUAUUUAAGGGAGUGUUUGUACAUAGAUACCGUGAUGCAAUAGCUGAAAUAAGAGCUAUUUGUAUUGAAGAAAUUGGCAUUUGGAUGAAAAUGUAUAGUGAUGCUUUUCUUAAUGACAGUUAUUUAAAAUAUGUUGGUUGGACUAUGCACGACAAGCAAGGUGAAGUAAGACUCAAAUGCCUAACUGCUCUACAAGGACUUUAUUAUAACAAAGAGUUGAAUUCCAAACUGGAGCUUUUUACCAGUCGAUUCAAGGACAGAAUUGUGUCUAUGACUCUUGACAAAGAAUACGAUGUUGCAGUACAAGCAAUAAAGUUACUCACUCUUGUUUUACAGAGUAGUGAAGAAGUUCUCACUGCAGAAGAUUGUGAAAAUGUCUAUCAUCUGGUUUAUUCAGCUCACCGACCAGUAGCAGUAGCAGCUGGAGAAUUUCUCUACAAAAAGCUCUUCAGUCGUAGAGAUCCAGAGGAAGAAGGAAUAAUGAAAAGAAGGGGAAGACAAGGUCCAAAUGCUAAUCUUGUUAAGACGUUGGUUUUUUUCUUUCUGGAAAGUGAGUUGCAUGAGCAUGCAGCAUACCUUGUGGAUAGCAUGUGGGACUGUGCCACUGAGCUGCUGAAAGACUGGGAAUGUAUGAAUAGCUUGUUGCUAGAGGAGCCACUUAGUGGAGAGGAAGCGUUAACAGAUAGACAAGAGAGUGCUCUGAUUGAAAUAAUGCUUUGUACCAUUAGACAAGCAGCCGAAUGUCAUCCUCCUGUGGGAAGAGGGACAGGAAAAAGGGUUCUGACAGCCAAGGAGAAGAAAACUCAGUUGGAUGACCGGACAAAAAUCACUGAACUUUUUGCUGUAGCCCUUCCUCAGUUAUUAGCUAAAUACUCUAUAGAUGCUGAGAAGGUGACAAACUUACUGCAGUUGCCUCAAUACUUUGACUUGGAAAUAUAUACCACUGGACGACUAGAAAAGCAUUUGGAUGCCUUAUUACGACAGAUCCGGAAUAUUGUAGAGAAGCACACAGAUACAGAUGUCUUGGAAGCAUGUUCUAAAACUUACCAUGCACUCUGUAAUGAAGAGUUUACAAUCUUCAACAGAGUAGAUAUUUCAAGGAGUCAACUGAUAGAUGAACUGGCAGACAAAUUUAACCGGCUUCUUGAAGAUUUUCUGCAAGAGGGUGAAGAACCUGAUGAAGAUGAUGCAUAUCAGGUAUUGUCAACAUUGAAGAGAAUCACUGCUUUUCAUAAUGCCCAUGAUCUUUCAAAGUGGGAUUUGUUUGCUUGUAAUUACAAAUUGUUGAAAACUGGAAUUGAAAAUGGAGACAUGCCUGAGCAGAUUGUUAUUCACGCUCUGCAAUGUACACACUAUGUAAUCCUUUGGCAGCUUGCUAAGAUAACUGAAAGCAGUUCUACAAAGGAGGACUUGUUGCGUUUAAAGAAACAGAUGAGAGUGUUCUGUCAGAUAUGUCAGCAUUACCUGACCAAUGUGAAUACUACUGUGAAAGAACAGGCCUUCACUAUUCUCUGUGAUAUUUUGAUGAUCUUCAGCCAUCAGAUUAUGUCAGGAGGUCGUGACAUGUUAGAGCCAUUAGUUUACACCCCUGAUUCAUCAUUGCAGUCUGAGUUACUCAGCUUUAUUCUGGAUCAUGUCUUCAUUGAACAGGACGAUGAUAGUAACAGUGCAGAUGGUCAGCAGGAAGAUGAGGCUAGUAAAAUUGAAGCUCUACACAAGAGGAGAAAUUUACUUGCAGCAUUUUGUAAGCUAAUUGUAUAUACUGUGGUGGAGAUGAAUACAGCUGCAGAUAUUUUCAAACAGUAUAUGAAGGUAAAGCUGGAAAAUAUAGGAAACAUAUUAAUAGUGAAAUGCAGGGCAGUAUUCUUUGUAAGCAAUCAUCUCGUGUGUUGUUCCUUAUAUGUGUGUCUUUUUUGUUGCAGAGAUGGCAUAGAAUUUGCGUUUAAAGAACCUAAUCCGCAAGGGGAGAGCCACCCACCUUUGAAUUUGGCAUUUCUUGAUAUUUUGAGUGAAUUUUCUUCUAAACUACUCCGCCAAGACAAAAGGACAGUGUAUGUUUACUUGGAAAAGUUCAUGACCUUUCAAAUGUCACUCCGGAGGGAAGAUGUAUGGCUUCCACUGAUGUCAUACAGAAAUUCUUUGCUAGCUGGUGGUGAUGAUGACACCAUGUCAGUUAUUAGUGGAAUCAGCAGUCGGGGCUCAACUGUGCGGAGUAAAAAGUCAAAACCAUCAACAGGAAAACGGAAAAUAGUUGAAGGCAUGCAGCUUGCACUCACUGAAGAAAGCAGUAGUAGUGAUAGCAUGUGGUUAAGCAGAGAGCAAACACUGCACACCCCAGUUAUGAUGCAGACACCACAACUCACCUCAACAAUAAUGAGAGAGCCCAAAAGAUUACGACCUGAAGAUAGCUUCAUGAGUGUCUAUCCAAUGCAGGCUGAGCAUCAUCAAACUCCUCUUGAUUAUAACACGCAGGUAACAUGGAUGUUAGCUCAAAGACAACAAGAGGAAGCAAGGCAACAACAGGAGAGAGCAGCAAUGAGCUAUGUUAAACUGCGAACUAAUCUUCAGCAUGCCAUUCGGCGUGGUACAAGCCUCAUGGAAGAUGAUGAAGAGCCAAUUGUUGAAGAUGUUAUGAUGUCCUCAGAAGGGAGGAUUGAAGAUCUUAAUGAGGGAAUGGAUUUUGACACCAUGGAUAUAGACUUGCCACCUUCAAAGAACAGACGAGAAAGAACAGAACUGAAGCCAGAUUUCUUUGAUCCAGCUUCAAUUAUGGAUGAAUCAGUUCUUGGGGUGUCAAUGUUUUAAUACCAGUACCCAAUUAAAUCUCUGAAGUCAUUUUCUAAGUGGAAGAGGAAAUUUUAAAUAAAGUGUGGUAGAUACAGUGAAAUUCUGUACAGAUUUUUCUCUAAGGAGAAUAUGAAAUGCUUAUGCUUACCAAGAUCAAGUGCAUUGAGGGGCAGUUUUGUUUGCCUGAUUAAAAUAAAGGACAAGUAAACAAUUUGAUGAUAAGCUACAGUUUUUCUUAGAAAGUAAAUAUUUUAUUUAUGCGCUGUUAGUUGGCUUUUGAACCAAUUACUUCAUGCUUUUUUUAAAGAAAAUAUAACAAUCUGAAGAGGCAUUUGGUACAGACAUGAAUCCUCUCACAUUUAUUUACUGAGUGUACUAAGUAAUGAUGACCUCUGCUGGAUUUCUGUUUACAUCCAAGAAACAAAGUUAAGUAUGAGUUUAUUCAGCCUACCCCGAAAUUAUAGGAUAGGAUGGAUUGUUUUUUGCAUUCAAAAUCUCAAUGCUUAAAACAUCAGUCAGCAAAGCUUUCUUUUAAAUGUUGUAAUUGUGGAGAAAAGUAAACUUAUAAGCAGAACUUUUACAAUUUUUUCAUCUAAAAUGUAUUUUAAGAUAUUUUUAAAAUCCAAGAGCUUCUCUAUACUUUUCAGAAAUAUCCAGAUGCAGUGAACUGCCAGAAGGUAACCAGUCUCAAACAUGCUUAUCCCAUUAUCAGCCCUGAAAGUUUGCUUGUCCUUUAAGAUAAAAAUGUAAUGUUGUGAUAUUCCUUCCAGUAGUGCCACUGUAUUUUGUCUCCAAAUAAAAGAAGCUUAUUGUAGUAUGUUUGCAGAAAAAUUCUAAACAAAAAUUAUACAGCUUAUUAGAGUGUGGGAAUAGGGAUCUAAAUUUUAAAUAAAAUUAUAUAUAUAUAUAAAUUGGUGCUGAUUUUAUAAUUGCGCAAGUUUGUUUAGUUUUUUCUUACUUUUAAAUUCCAACUUAAAAUUAUGAGGUUUCAGAAAUAUAUUGAAAGUUUAACAAUGUUUAAAAAUAGAAAGCAUGAAUGUUCAUGCUUUAAAAUGAUUUUUAAAUUUGUAUUUUAUAUUGUUUUAUCUAUCUGUCUUUGCAAGCAGUCUUCAGGUUAAAGAUACUUCUAACAGGUUACAGUACAUUUCCUCUGUAUGUAAAUUAGAUGGGAUAAUAGAAUUCAUAACCCAUAAUCUUUGAAAGCUAAGCUUUAAACUUCAUUUUACGUCCUUUCACAAAUAAAUUAGUUUAAAACAGAAAGUGGCUACUUGCCAUUUUGACAUCAACUCAUUUUGCGAGGCUUAGGCAGCUAGACAUCGUUUAAAACAAACUAUUAACUUAUAUUACAUGUGUAUCUAUCCUUUGUCAGUCGUCUCUCAGUUCUUGAGGUAUAUUAUUUUAAUCAUUCCAUGCCUUAAUAUGCUUGCAAUACAAGAAUAUCUUCAGAUGGAUGAAUACAAAAAGGCUUCCAGUUCUUAGAGUUAAAAAUCAACAAGCAUUGGGCUGUGGUAGCCAAAAACCAUAGGUUAGUUAAAUAUCAUGAUUAAAACACAAUGAUUUUGUUAAAUUGUGGUUAAUAACAAAUGAAACCAGACUCGUCUAACUGAUUUUCCAUCAGCAUAUAUUAUUAUAUGCAAAAGUAUUGCCUAUGUUGUUUUUCACACCACUGCAUUUACUAGAACUGCUGAGAGGACUGUAUAUAUGAUUUUAAACCUAAGUUGAUUUUUUUUCCUCACUCUUGAAAGGAGUACUUCUUUGUGAAAGCAGUUCUUACAGCUUUGUUUUCAACCAGCUAAAAAUGUUUUAUAUAUUACUCUAACCUGUUGUCCUCCACAUUCUAUUGUCCUAAUUGUACUGUUUUCUGAUUUGUAUUUAUGUCUUGAGACAGUAACUUUUUGAAUAAAAAUAAACCUACAGUA